GCAUCACCGAGCCACCAAUGGCGACGAGGCCGGGCGGCGAGGCCGCGCAGCCCCCUCCGAAGCGCCCCCGCCACCACGGCGACCACGCCGGGCCGCAGCCGGCGCGCGUGCAGCUCAACCCGGCAGACUGCAACCUCGACUUCGACGUCGGCGCCGGCGGGCUGCGGGGGGAGGCGCUGCACGGGGGCGGGUUCGCCUACUGCUGGUCGGGCGCGCGCGCGACGGCCGGGGUCCGGCGCGGCGGGCGGUACUGCUUCGGGUGCAGGGUGGUGGCGGAGCAGGCCGUGGAGAUGGACGACACGGAGGCCGGCCAGCGGCACCUCUGCCGCGUCGGCGUCUCCAGGGGGGACGACCCCGUGGGCGGCCUCGGGGAGGGCGGCGGCCACAGCUUCGGGUUCGGGGGCACGGGGAAGCUCUCCCACCAGGGUAGGUUCUUCGAUUACGGCGCAAGGUUCGGGGUCGGGGACACCAUCGUCUGCGCCGUGGACCUCGAUUCCAAGCCCAUGGCCUCGAUUGGGUUCGCCAAGAACGGGGAAUGGCUUGGCAUUGCCAAGUAUUUUGAUGCCAGCCACAAGGGGCUUGGUUUGGUUGAUGCUCCUGUGAGGCCGAUGCAGUGGGAGUCGGCAAUCUUUCCGCAUGUGCUGCUGAAGAAUGUCGUCGUCGAGAUGCAGUUUAGCAGGGAGGACGGGCUGGAGCCGGUCGAUGGCUACGAGCCCUGGACCUCGGCUUUCGCAGAUGGCAAUGUGGUGUUUGGGCCUGUGUUUGAUGAACAGAAGGAAUGUGAGGUUAUGAUGAUGGUUGGCCUCCCGGCUUCGGGGAAAUCUACUUGGGCAGAGAAGCAGGUCAGGGAACAUCCGGAGAAACGCUUCGUCCUUCUUGGGACUAACCUUGCAUUGGACCAAAUGAAGGUGCCAGGAUUGCUUCGUAAGAACAACUACGGUGAGCGCUUUGACCGUUUGAUGGAUCAUGCCACACAGAUUUUCAAUACAUUGCUGGACAGAGCCGCAAAGAUCCCCCGCAAUUACAUUCUCGACCAAACAAAUGUGUACAAAAGCGCCCGUAUUCGCAAGCUGAGGCCAUUUGCAAACUACUAUAAAAUUGCUGUGGUUGUUUUCCCAUCGCCAAAUGAACUCAAUUCCCGGGCAGCAAAGCGAUCCAAGGAGAUGGGGAAGGAUGUACCAGCUGAAGCAGUUGACCAGAUGACAGCCAAUUUUGUCUUGCCACUGUCGAAGGACAUGCCUGGUUCAAAGGAGCCUUUCGAUGAGGUGAUUUUUGUGGAGCUUUCCAGGGAUGAGGCCCAGAGAAACCUAGACGAGAUGAAACGUUUGCUGCCAAGAUCCUCAACUCCCAGCCAUGGCAAUUUCAGUAACCAGAUGGUUAGCUCAGCAUAUACCAGGACUGUUUAUGUGGCAGGACCAUCUCUGUCGUCAGGCGUUGAACCACCAAUGAACUACUCAUAUGGACAAGGUGUGCAUGCUCCCGGUGCGCCGGCUGGCUACUCAAAUGCUCCAUAUCGAAUCCAGUCAAGCUACUCAAACGCCCCAUAUCAACAGCAGACAUAUACAAGCUACCCAAAUCCGAGCUAUCCAAACACCGCAGACCGGCAUCAAGUUCGCGCGAGCUACCCAAGCACCGCAGACCAGCAUCAAGUUCACACAAGCACCGCGAACCAACGUCAAGCCUACGGAAGCUACCCAAGCACCCCACUUCCCGGAUAUGGAUCACAGAAUGCAUAUGUCUCCCAAGGGUACCCAAGUCCAUACAGCAGCCCAGAUUACGCGACGAGCCUCUACCAGCAGUCUCCUGAGCCAGCGGGAGGCUACGGGGGAUCCGGCUACGGCAGACCUGCAGCCCAAGUUCAUGCCCAGCCAUUGCCUCAGGCUGUUCAUCAGCAGAUGCCAUAUCGUCAUGAUGGUGGUUCCUCAUACCAACCCUAUGGACAGCAGCCUCUUGAUGCGCCCUACGUGAACACGAGCUCGCAGUACGGUGCUGCAGUUCCUGCUCCCAUGCCGCCUCCUCACGGAGCUCUUCUGCGUCCAGUUCCUGGGCCGCCGCCUUCGGCACCUCCCCCUCCUGCGUACUACAUGAAUGCACAGCCAGGCCGUUGGUAGCGAGUGCUGGAGCUCCGGGUAUCACAGGAUACCAGAGCAGAGUAGAUAAACGUGACCUACAUGCCUGUAAUUUGCUUUCAAGGUUCCCAGGAUGAGGAAACUGUUCCUAGAAUUGUGACAUUAUGUAUAGUUUUGCACGUAUGAGAAGAUGGCCUUUCCUGGAAAGGAUUAUCAGCAUUGUUUUCCUAAUUGAUCGAGAAAAAUGAUCCUCUGAUCAGUUUCAGUUCAA